UACGACGACGCUGUCUGUGUUAAAAAGAUCUCUCUCAACAAAUUUAAUUGUAGAAAAUGACAAUAGGAUUGGUUACUUUAAUUGCCAGGACAUCUGCCAUUGGGAUCGGCCUGAUCCCACUUAUGGCAAUAGGACUAUCAUUAUAUAGAUACGACAAGAUGGAUCCUGAAUCACCUCUAAGAAAUACUCGUGAGCUGAAUCGAAUGUAUGAUUUCAUCAUUGUUGGUGGUGGAAGUGCUGGAGCAGUAGUUGCUUCGAGGCUAUCUGAGGUAUCCAAUUGGAGCGUAUUGUUAAUAGAAGCCGGUGAUAAUGAAAACGAAAUUUCGGAGGUACCAAUUUUCGCAGGCUACAGUCAAUUAACGGAAUUAGAUUGGAAAUAUAAAACGACACCGUCAACUACAUCAGCUUAUUGUCUCGCGAUGGUAGGAGGUAGAUGUAAUUGGCCACGUGGAAGGGUUCUUGGAGGAAGCAGUGUCCUAAAUGCCAUGGUAUAUGUUCGUGGAAACAGAUUGGAUUACGACAAUUGGUCAAGAAUGGGUAACACCGGUUGGAGUUACGAAGAAGUUCUUCCUUAUUUUCUUAUGUCUGAAGAUAACAGAAACCCUUAUUUAGAGAAGUCACCUUACCAUAAAAGGGGAGGUUACUUGACUGUACAGGAACCUCCAUGGAGAUCUCCAUUAGCGAUCGCUUUUUUGCAAGCUGGACAAGAACUAGGUUAUGAAAAUCGUGAUAUCAAUGGUGAAAGUCAGACUGGCUUCAUGAUCGUACAGGCCACGAUCCGGCGAGGAAGUCGUUGCUCCUCAGCUAAAGCUUUCUUAAGGCCGGUGAAGAACAGACCAAAUUUACACGUAGCUUUAAAAGCUCAAGUAUUAAGGGUGCUAUUCAAUUCCGAAAAACGAGCUACUGGGAUAGAAUUUCUUCGUUACGGUUUAAAACAAACUGUUAAAGUAAGAAGGGAGAUCAUUUUGUCAGCUGGAGCAAUCAAUUCACCCCAAUUGCUAAUGUUAUCAGGCAUAGGACCAAAAGAACAUCUUGAGGAACUCGGAAUAUCGGUAAUAUCUGAUCUUAGAGUAGGAGACAAUCUUCAGGAUCAUGUUGGGCUCGGUGGAUUAAGCUUUACGGUUAACGAACCUGUUACUUUAAAUAGGGAACGUUUAGAAAAAUUACCAAUAUUAUUGAAUUAUCUAAUAAACAAUAAGGGACCUUUAACUAAUCCUGGAAUCGAAGCUUUGGCCUUUAUUAAUUCAAAAUACGCUGAUCCAUCUGGUGCUUAUCCAGAUAUUCAGCUCCACUUCUUAGCAAGUUCCAUUAAUUCUGAUGGUGAGUCUGUUAAGAAGUUUGUGGGACUAAAAGACAAUGUUUAUAAUACUGCAUUUAAACCGCUCAAAAAUUCUGACAGUUGGUCGCUAUUACCUCUUUUACUAAGACCUAAAAGCUCUGGAUGGGUUCGUCUGAAGAGUAAAGAUCCUUUGACUCAUCCUGACAUUAAUCCAAAUUAUUUUGCUUAUAAAGAAGAUAUAGACACUUUAAUAGAUGGUAUAGAACUUGCUAUGGCUGUUUCAAAUACAACUGCAUUUCAAAGAUUUGGUUCAAGACCGUAUUCUAUUAAAUUACCAGGCUGUCAAAAAUUUCCUUUCGCUACUUACAAAUAUUGGGAAUGCGCUAUACGACACUUUACAUUUACUAUGUAUCAUCCAGUGGGAACGUGCAAAAUGGGACCAAAACACGACCCAACAGCUGUCGUGGACCCAAGAUUAAGAGUGUAUGGUGUAAAAGGUUUAAGAGUCGUUGAUGCAUCUAUAAUGCCUACCAUUGUGAAUGGAAAUACUAAUGCACCUGUUAUCAUGAUCGGUGAAAAAGCUAGUGAUAUGAUUAAAAAAGACUGGCGAUAA